AUGCCUUCAACACAUAACGUAGACAAGCCGUGGGACACGGACGACAUUGACAAGUGGAAGGCAUCAUGGCCGCUGAUCACCCGCUCGCUGGAAAAGAUUGGCAUUGCCUGUACUCUGGAUUUGGUCGAGGGUAGCAUGACCGUCAAGACGACACGAAAGACAUACGAUCCCGCUGCUGUGCUCAAAGCCCGCGAUCUGAUCAAGCUACUGUCACGUAGUGUGCCCGCACCCCAAGCCGUCAAGAUCCUUCAGGACGACAUGGCUUGCGACGUCAUCAAGAUCAGAGGCCUGGUGCGCAACAAAGAGCGCUUCGUCAAGCGCAGACAACGCAUCCUCGGUCCCAACGGCAGCACCCUCAAAGCCCUGGAGCUACUCACAUCCUGCUACAUCCUGGUCCAAGGUAACACCGUCUCGGCGAUGGGCAACUACAAAGGCCUCAAGGAAGUGCGCCGCGUAAUCAUGGACUGCAUGAACAACAUCCACCCCAUCUACCACAUCAAAGAACUCAUGAUCAAGCGCGAACUCGCAAAAGACCCCGAACUGGCAAACGAAAACUGGGAUCGCUUCUUGCCUCACUUCAAGAAGCGCAACUUGAGCAAGAGACGCGUCCCCCACAUCCAAGCAAAGGAGAGACAGGAAAAGCAAAGGAGGGAAGACGCCAUGCGCGAAAAGAUGGAGGAAAAGAGAUUGGCCAGACAACAAGACUACAUUGCUCCCGACGAGCCCGGCGAGGAAAAGGAGAAGAAAGAGAAAAAGGAAAAGAAGAAGAGAAAGCACAAGGACGAGGAUGGAGACGACCAAGUCUCGGAAAAGAAGAAGAAAAAGUCAAAGAAGCACAAGGAGGAGGUUGCCGAGGAGAGCGAGUGA